AUGGAGGCACCCAUGAAAAUUCAAACGAAGGGUUUUCCAGCCGUCUCGACGGCUACCACAUACAUCAACCAAAUUAUCACAGAGAACCUUCCUUCUACUGGUCAAGAACGGCAUGUAUCAUCGAUUGAUGAUGACAGCCAACCCCUUAUGAAACGGCUCAAGCCCUCGGAACCCUCUCUUGGGCCAUCUAACCCCAUUAUUACCUCCUCAGAGCUCCAGGAACUGUCCGGGAAUCCUAUCUCCCUCCUUCAGUCCUUUGAAGCCGAUGGAUCUAAUUAUUUGAAUGGCUCUUUAACCACCACCACUCCUUAUGAAUCAACUACAUCAUCUUCUCAUACAGCCUCGCGCAAGAGAAAAUCAACUUCUACAUCAACCACACCCGUACCAUCCCUGCCUACACCGCCUCUUACGGCCGGAGUGAGUGUUUUUCAUAAUGGUAAUAUCGAUUUUUCUAAAUGUCGACCCCGUUCAUCGAUUCCCCUGCGGAUGCCGCCCGGCCUUUACGGCGAACAGUGCGUGGCAGCUGCAUAUGCAUCCCGACUGGAUCCGUAUGCCCUUCAUCCUAAAGAACAGGCAGCGUUGCAAGAACUUCUAUGUCACGUUCAUGUGACUGCAUACCUCAACAUAAGAAAUGGGAUUUUGCGACUCUGGACCCGCAAUGCCAUGAUCAGUGUGACCAGAGAUGAGGCGCUCGGAUGUGCCAAAGAUUACCGGUGGAUGGAUCUUGCCUCGUUUUCGUACGACUGGCUCGUGCGAUAUGGCUAUAUCAACUUCGGCUGUGUCGAAACCCCUGUCCCUCCAGUAGUUGCCAGACGAGGCAGACGAAAGGAAGGUCCAGUCAUUGUUGUCAUCGGAGCUGGUGUAGGAGGUCUUGGUUGUGCACGCCAGUUGGAAAGUUUGUUCAUCCACUACCGCGAUGCAGAAACCGCUCCACGGGUCGUUGUACUUGAAGGACGUCGACGAAUUGGUGGCAGAAUUUAUUCGCAUCCCUUACAUAGUAUGCCAUCACAAAUUUUGCCUCCUGGCCUCGUUCCAAAGGCUGAGAUGGGAGCCCAAAUCAUUGUUGGGUUUGACAAUGGAAAUCCUUUGGACCUCAUAGUUCGAAGCCAGCUGGCCCUUCACUACCACUUACUGCGUGACAUUUCAACAAUCUACGACAUCGAUGGGUUUCCUGUCGAUGAAGUGCGAGAUACCAUGGACGAAAAACUAUACAAUGAUGUACUGGACCGUAGCGGAUUCUAUCGCCGGAAAGCCGUUAUCAACCCAACUGCUGAGGGAGAUCGGGAGUUAAUUGAUGACAAUAGAGAAUCAGCUGUGGAUGACGGGCUUACUGUUCGUCAGUACGAAAAUGCGCGUGCUACAGGAACAGAGCAUCUUCUCGUGCCCACAAAAAGAGUUCGAAGACGUCGGGGUGUAGGACACAAGACAGCAGAUGCAGAAUUGGCGUACGAGAUGGUAGUGGACCACAUUGGCCCUUCGAAGGAACAUUCAGCCGCUGUCACUUCCCAGGCGAUAGGCUGGAACCUGAAACCCGGUUAUACCGAUGAGAACACGGUCGACCUCGAUGCAAUUGCAAAUGUGACUCCCACGCAAACACUGGGAGCUGUCCUUGAUGAGGGCGUGAAGCAGUACCAGCAGAUGCUUCCUCUAACGCCCAGGGAUAUGAGACUCCUUAACUGGCAUUAUGCAAAUCUCGAAUACGCAAAUGCAACGAAUGUCCACAAUCUCAGCCUGUCUAGCUGGGAUCAGGAUAUUGGCAAUGAAUUUGAGGGCGAACAUUCACAGGUUAUUGGUGGCUAUUCUCAACUUCCCUUCGGAUUAUAUUCACUUCCUACCAAACUCGACGUACGCACAAACCAAAUUGUCUCUGACAUCUCAUAUGACCCAUCUGGGAAGGGCAAGGCAGUCGUCCGCUGUGAGGGAGGCGAACAGUUUGCUGCAGAUCAUGUGGUUUUCACGGGCUCCCUUGGUACUCUCAAGCACCAGACUAUCAAGUUCAAUCCCCCUCUCCCAGACUGGAAGAGUGGGGCAAUCGAGAGAUUGGGAUUCGGUGUGAUGAACAAGGUAGUCCUGGUAUUUGAAGAACCUUUCUGGGAUAUCGAACGGGACAUGUUUGGGCUUCUUCGUGAGCCGACUAAUCCUGUCAGUAUGGUCCAAGAAGACUACGCCCGAAACCGCGGUCGUUUCUACCUUUUCUGGAACUGCAUUCGAACCACCGGGUUGCCAGUCCUUAUUGCCCUUAUGGCAGGAGAUUCAGCAAUCCAAGCCGAGACAAGGCCAGACGAUAAGAUUAUUGCCGAAGUCACCUCACAGCUUCGCAAUGUUUUCAAGCACACCGCCGUCCCUGAUCCGCUUGAGACUAUCAUCACCCGCUGGGCCUCUGACAAAUUUACCUACGGGAGCUACUCAUAUGUAGCUUCGAAAGCACUUCCCGAAGACUACAAUCUCAUGGCCCAGCAAGUUGGUAAUCUGCACUUCGCAGGAGAGGCUACCUGCGGAACACAUCCUGCCACCGUCCACGGAGCCUAUCUAUCAGGUCUUCGCGCUGCGGCCGAAAUCAUUGAAGCGGUGGUCGGGCCAAUUGUGGUUGCCAAUCCCCUCGUUCCUGAGAAAUCAGGAGCCAAAUUCCCAACUCCGACGCCACAAACACAAACACAGGCUUCUCAGCCAUCUCAUGUCCCCCAUCCUUCUCAACUCUCACAACCUGUGGCAUCCGAACCCUUAGCUACCACCUCUUCCUCCCGAGGCUCCAUAUCUCAAGACAAAAUUCGCCAGGACACAUACGAACAAGCGAUGUGGACAGCAAUAUACGCAGAGAUUGGGUCAGCGCCAAUCCGCCCAAAAAACACAUCACUAAACCCAUUCCUGCAGUACCAAAAAGACUAUUGGGCAAAAUGCCGCGUCCAAACCGACAAUGUGCGUCGCGAGGCAACAGGCAACCCAAACGCUAAAGCAGGCCGCGAUGAGAUCCGCAAAGCUCUCGGCCAGAUGUGGCGGGAUGCUUCUCCUUGCGAGAAGCAGCCGUAUCUGGAGCAUGUUGAAGCGAAUCGCCGCGAGAAUGAGGCCGCACUGGUGCAGUGGAAGGCUGCUAUUACGGAGUGGGAGAGACGUUCUUACGAGGUUAAGGAUGCCUGGUGUGGAGAUAACCCCUAUGAGACGUGGGUUAUGUCAUAG